AUGGGGAAAGGAGGGAUUGGGGGACGCAAGGCAGGAUGGAAAAGGGGAGGAGAAAAUGAGAGAAAGGGGUGGAUGAGGGGGGCGGAGGGGGGGAGGGUGCCCAGUUUCCAUCCCUCACCACAGGAAAUCUGUGUGCAGUUUAAAUGCAAGUCAGAGUCUCUUUAUGCAGGCGGCUUGUGUGUAAGUGUGUGGAAAGCAUACAGCAGCAUGGUCAGCCGAGUGGAGCAUCCCGCUGGAGGCUACAGGAAGAUCUUUGAGACAGUGGAGGAGCUGGAUGAGCCGAUGCCUGCGAGCAUCACUGGUGUUAUACCGUCAUGGCUGGGCGGCAGUCUUCUCAGGAUGGGUCCAGGUCUUUUCGAGGUGGGGGGUGAACCUUUGUACCACCUGUUUGAUGGACAGGCACUCAUGCACAAGUUUGAUCUUAAGGGCGGUCAGGUGACUUACUACAGGAAGUUUAUCAGGACUGAUGCAUACGUUCGUGCCAUGACAGAGAACAGAGUGGUCAUCACUGAGUUUGGAACAGCAGCCUACCCAGACCCCUGCAAAAACAUCUUCUCCAGAUUCUUCACUUACUUCAGAGGCAUUGAGGUGACUGAUAACUGCCUAGUGAACAUCUAUCCAAUCGGUGAAGACUUCUACGCUGUCACAGAGACCAAUUACAUCACUAAGGUUGAUCCUGAUUCGCUGGAGACUUUGAAGAAGGUGGACCUGUGUAAGUACCUCUCAGUGAAUGGGGUGACUGCUCACCCCCACACUGACGCAGAUGGUACAGUCUAUAACAUCGGGAACUGCUUUGGCAAAAACAUGAGUCUGGCUUAUAAUAUCGUAAAGAUCCCACCUGCUCAGAGAGACAAAUCAGAUCCCAUAGAGAAAUCACAGGUUGUGGUUCAGCUACCCAGCAGCGAGAGGUUAAAGCCCUCCUACGUACACAGUUUCGGUAUGACAGACAACUACUUUGUGUUUGUGGAGCAGCCAGUGAAGAUAAACCUGCUCAAGUUCCUGUCGGCUUGGAGCGUCAGAGGAGCCACAUACAUGGACUGCUUUGAAUCCAACGACAGUAUGGGGACGUUGUUCCACCUGGCCAGUAAGGACUCAGCGGGUUAUCUGAGUAGCCACAAGUUCCGAACAUCGGCUUUCAACAUCUUUCACCAUAUUAAUGCCUACGAGGAGCAGGGAUUCAUCGUCGUCGACCUGUGCACGUGGAAAGGUCAUGACUUUGUGUACAACUACCUGUACCUGGCCAACCUGAAGGAGGAGUGGGAGGAGGUGAAGAAAGCCGCGAUGAGAGCUCCUCAGCCCGAGGUCAGACGAUACGUUCUGCCGCUGGAUAUACACAGAGAAGAGCAAGGAAAGAAUCUGGUAUCCCUGCCGUACACCACAGCAACUGCUGUUCUUCAUAGCGAUGGCACCAUCUGGCUGGAACCUGAAGUCCUCUUUUCUGGACCAAGACAAGCCUUUGAGUUUCCACAGAUUAACUACCCUCUGUGCUCUGGGAAGAAGUAUUCUUUCACCUACGGCCUGGGGCUCAACCACUUCAUCCCUGACAGGAUCGUCAAGCUGAACGUACAGACCAAAGAGACCUGGGUGUGGCAGGAGGAAGAGAGUUACCCCUCAGAGCCACUGUUUGUACCAACACCUGGAGCUACAGAGGAGGACGACGGCGUGCUGCUGAGUAUCGUGGUGAAGCCGGGUGCAGAGCGACCGGGUUUCCUGCUGGUGCUGGAUGCCCGGAAACUGACAGAGCUGGCCAGGGCAGAGGUCGACACCGUCAUCCCUGUGACCCUCCACGGCAUGUACAAACCAUGACCCGGACCUUCAUCCUAACCCAGCCAAGACACAUCAGAAAAUAGACCACGUUCACUCUCCUGCCAGCCAACCAGACCCUUCUAUCAGAAAUGCACUGCAAAUAUUUUUUUUCUUUCCACCGAGCUCCAUCACAUCCCUAACAGUGACCACAAACUCACCAAAAGUCACUUUACUAAGACAAAUUUAGUGAGUUGCAUGAAAAUGAUUUACAUUGAAUGGCAUGGUUUAUGUGGGAGCCAAAAGCUUCAGAUAUGUACAAGUAACUCAUUACUUCUCAGAAGUAGUUUAGAUGCCUCGCUGUGACUCUUAAUUAGCAAUUUAUCAGGUUAAUGCAAUCUUUUGAAAUUUGAUUCGAAUUUAAGCAUGAUU